AGCAAACCACAGCUUUCUGUUGCGUUGUUUCAGGUCAAUACAUAUUCUGUGAAUACAAUCAGUAUAUUUGCCAGCAGUUUUUUCGAACCACAAUCCAAAUGAAUCCAAACGAGGUAGUGUAUAUUUCCAACAUUCCCAAGCAAACAUCGCUGGCGGAGCUGCAAAGCUUCUUGCGGUCCUCAGGAACUGUGAUAUGUGGUGCUUUUAUGCGUGAAAAUCGAAAUGACUGUCGCACAAAGAUUGCUUUCGUGCUGUUCGAAAACGAAAUUCAAGCCGCGGAGGCUUGCAAUUUGGAUCAAACUUUGUUUCACUCCCACCGGUUGAGCGUACUGCUUUCGAACGAUGAUCGUAAAUUUUGUGCAGGCUUCACGAUUGCCAUCCAAAACACAUCCUCCGAUACGAGCGAGGAAGAUCUUUUUGAGGCAUGUUGUAGGUACGGAAAUGUGGAAGCCGUUCAAAUACCGACCAAUUUUUAUGCUUUCGUCGGUUUCACCGAGCGCUCCGCAGCGCAUGCUGCGCAACGCAAACUUAAUAACAGCAUCCUGAAGAAACAGAAAGUAUCCGUGAAGGUACUAGAUGAAGAUAUGCGUGUUCGGUUGGAAGAUUUGGACAGCUUCAAGUCUCCCCGCGUCUACAAUGAGCUGCUGCGUGCCAAGCAAAAGUAUAUCGCAUCCCACAGCCAGAAAAAUGAGCGGCCUGUGCAAGGAUUUAAUUCGAAACCGGCAGAGUCCGGACGAAUGGAGACAUCCAUGGACCAUGAUCUGCAAAAUCUGCAAAGACAUGCUCACGAUGCAGAAUGGAACUCAUUCGAGCAAAACGACGGUGACUAUCGUGACGGUGGCGACGAUGACUGGUCGCCGAGCGACUGUGAAAUUGUUGAUCCUUCGGCUGAGGGGGAUGAUGGUAGUCUUGAUUACGGGUGCGAUAAUCAAGAGUACGACGACACAGCGGUGGUCUAUCGCAAGGAGUUGAAGUUUGGCCGUCCACGAUCCACACCAGAACAUGAUUUUAUGGUUAAAUUCGAGAAUGUUCCACGUGAGGUGUACGAGGAAGACAUGGCCAUCUACUGUCAACAAUAUGGAGCGAUUGUGAGCAUCGAAAAAGGAUCCUGCAGUUCACGCUAUCACAAGUACUAUUUGAUAACAUACGCAGAAGAACAAUCCCAGCUUGAGGCCAUCAAGUACUUUCGGCAGCAGGUGGAACUAUCUGGAGUCGUUUGUACCAUUUUUGCAAUGAUUCCUGGCGAAGCGCUUCAGCCUUUACGCUCGCGGUGUGUGUUGAUUAAUUAUUUGUCGUUCCACAUUCGCUAUGAAGACAUAGCGGAGGCGUUCGCUAACAUAGGCGACGUAGUACAUGUUGAACGCAGGAUAUACAACUAUGGUCCGACAAUCGCGCACUUUCGUCAGACCAUUAGCUUGGACGAAGCGUGCGGUGUAAAUAAUAUUGCUGGCAGCCCGAUCAUUGUAGGACCGGUUAAUAAAAAAAUGAUCAAACAAUUCACCACCCAGGCACCUAAGUUCAAGAAGGCAUUAGCGAAGCAAUUUAAGGGUAUGCCGAAGAGUGACCAACUUGCUGCAAUCGAAGCAAAAGAGGCAGAGGAACGCAGAGAGAAUAUUGUUAUUAGGACGGCCCACAAUCCAUACUAUCACAAUCCUGACCCUUCAAAGUACAGUCAUGAAGUGGCUCUCUAUAAUUGUCCCAAAAGUGUCACGUUCUUUGAGUUGAAGAACUACUUUCUACGAGCGGCGAAUGUACUAGCCAUGCGCCACGAACCGAGUCAGUUCGCUCCAUCCACUUGGAAGGUGUAUGUAAGUUUUGGUAACUAUCUAGAUGCGUUCCGUGCCGUUCGACUGCGCGGAAAGAUAAGUGGUGAGUUUGUUUAUAAGCAUAUCGCCGCUGAAACACCAAGGCUGGACAGUGCUGAGGUGGUCAUGGUCACAAUUAGCGCUGAGGAAAGUUUUACUGUGGCACGCGUGGGAUCGCGAUUGGCUAAGUAUGGCGCAAUUAAUUUCGCGGAGCAGAUAGGCAAAAACAAAUUCAUCGUCAUCUACCGCGAUUUUAAGGCUGCACAAAAAUCUUGGGCUUCCAAAACAAUCGACGGUUACCCUACCGAAAUUUGCAGCACGCAUAAGUUUAUCGCACAGAGUGGUACAUCCACCUUCGCUCUGCUGUCAAACGUGUUGGCUGAGAGCGAACCAAGUGCAUCCAGUUCGGCUGCAGGUGAACCAAAAUCGCAAUCCCCGGAAAAAUCCACGAAAGCAGAGAUCAGAACGGUUCCCGAUCACAAGGUGACGGGACAGGAAAAGAAACAACCCAUCGAAGGUUUGACAAUCACCGUACGGCAGCAGCAGGAUACCUCAGCAGAACCGCCCAAAGCGUCAAGUUCAUCGGCUUCCAUCACACCGAAGCAAGAAGAUGUGCCAGAACCAGAGACUUUCUCCUGCCCUGACGAUGAUCUGCGUAGUGUUAUCGAAGAAAAGCGUGAAUCUAAUGCAAAAAUGAAUGAGUUGGAAGAGAUGGAACGCAUUAUAAAAGAAAAGGAAGAGGAUAUCAAACGGCGGCUCAAGCGUUUAGAAAAGGACGAAGCUAGUGUCACCGUGGCAAUGCUAUUGCCUUCGGCGGGCCGCUCUCGAUCGCCCAAAGACGACCGUGCCAGAGGUUCGAGCAUCACCAGUCGUCACAGCGGAAGCACACGUCGUUCUCGAUCACCAGUCACAAAAAGCGACGGCUCAACCGGACACCAACGGUCAGCGCCAGUACAAAACAUUAGUAGCAUCACACCGAUCUAUGCUGGUGCAUCAAAUGUGGCGGGAGCCACCAACCCCGAACGAGGUACAUCUCCAUCGGAUCUACUGGCACACGAGCGGUUCGUGCAGAUACGGUCAGAAAAGAUUGCCAUCUCUCAGGAGCUAGAUUCCCUGCGCCAACGAUUUUCAUCUCGAAAGAGCUCACGAGUGGAUGCCUUGGAAAGCCGUCUAGCCGUUUUGGAACGUGAGCAGCGGGACCUUCAAAUUCAGUUGGAAAUCAAGCAACGGUUUAGGCUGCCACACGACGUAUCGUAUUUCGUUGGCACAUCGUUCGAUAGGACUCCAUCGCCACAUUCGAAGCAGCCCCGUGCCAGCUUUUCGCGAUCACGCUCCCCAUCGCGUUCGCCUCAUCGAGCGAUCGCGCGCAGACUUUCACGUUCGCAAUCACGCUCCCCAUCGCGUUCGUCUUAUCGAGCGAUCGCGCGAAGACUUUCACGUUCGCGAUCACGCUCCCCAUCGCGUUCGCCUCAUCGAGCGAUCGCGCGAAGACUUUCACGUUCGCAAUCACGCUCCGCAUCGCGUUCUUCUCAUCGAGCGAUCGUGCGAAGACGUACACGUUCUCGCUCACGAACCCCUCGAGGGAGAUUGCAGCCGAACAGAAGACAGCAAUCGCGUUCGCAAUCACCCGAGGCUUCUAAAAGACGUCGGACCAGAACAAAAUCACGAUCACCGUCGCCACGUCGACCAGAUUCGAUGGCAAGGGAAAUGUACAGUAUUGGAAACUUCAACCAUGCUCAUGGCAAACAUAGCGUCUACGUUGGGAAUAUAUCACGGCAGGUUACCAGAGGCGAGCUGGAAUCAAUUUUCGAUCGUUACGGCAAAAUAGACACCAUCGAUUUUGAGCGAUUUGCUCGAUAUAGAGAAGUUUACAUUGAUUACCUUGCUCGUGAGGACGCAUUCCGUGCACUGGAGAUGAACAACACGAAAAUAGGAGGUCGCAGACUACGCAUAGCAUUCAACAGUGAAAAACCUUCGAAUAGAGAGGGUUACACUCUUUAUCUCAUACCCAAACACCCGGUCUCAGAGCUGACGAUCUACCAAACAUACGAAUCCUACGGUGACAUCGAUUUUAUCUGGUAUCCCGACGGGUCCAUAUUCUGUACUGUAUCGUUCCGAAGAUCCGAAGCUGCCACCGAUGCACUAGAAGUUAGAGAACUUAUCGACGGCAGCAAGGUGAAUGCCAAACCGUUUAGAGAUCGAAAAUGGUAAUCAAUGAUAAUCCGGGACUGUUGUAGCCCAUUGAAAUUAACGCGUUAAUUAUUUCAUCAUUUUAAUGAAAACAUCAUUGCAACGACACAGCUUCUAGUAGCGUUUCGCUGCUGAUAAAUGGAAUGUUGAAGAGCAACAGCAAAAUAAUAAAUACGGCUCGGUCCGUUUUUCUAAGAUUAAAAAACAAAACUACAAAAUAAGUAGUAUGAACACACCCUAAACAAAAGAAGGAGUAACAUUCUUAACAAAACAAGAUUUAUCUGAUGUAAAAAAUCAAGAUAACUAAAACCAAAAAAACAACAACAAAAACGUAACUAUGCAAGAGCAACUCUUGUAAACAAAAAUCGUGGAAAGAAGGUCGAAAAAGGUACAAAACAGUAUGCAAAAAACACUGUUGUUUUAAGCUAUGUAAUGAAUUUUGGUCACUUAACCCAUCCUUUUGUUGUGAUAUUCAUUACAAGAUCGUAACGAGAGACCCUUAGGCUUUUUUUAAAUUUUUAUUCAUUCACAUUCGCUGCUGGAUCGCAAUAAGUAUGCAGUAGCGUACUGUAAUAGACGAGAAGUUGGUUUAUGCUACUUCCUUUUCUAUCGAUCCUGGCAGUAAUACGAGGGAAGUAGAACAAUGCUGCGUUUUCUUCGCAAUUGCAAAAUGCAUUAAUUGUACUUUGACUCUAACUAUGGGGCAUAGAUGCAAGGUUGUAAAUAAUGCAAUCAUUCUUUGUAUUUGCGCGGAGAGUCACUCGAAAAUACGAUGUUACUUUUGCUAUCAUUACUUAUAAUAUAAUUUUGAGUGUUCGAGAUUCUUGCUUAUCAGUUUUAGAUUUGUUUGCAGAUCUUGUUGGAAAAAUGUACUCAAGUUUGGUUAGGUUAAAAAUGUAUACAUUAUAGAGUCAAAUUGUUAAAACACAAGCUGCGAAAGGAUAUAUUGGCUCUGAUAGAUUAAAAUUUCCGUUGCGUACGAUACUGCUUUUGUUGCAUGACAAAACAUCUGAUUCGAUAUUCUGAACGCAUUGUGUGACGAAAGCGAAUAGCCCUUGUAAAUGCAGAUGACUAGUUCAGAUGAUAACGAUUCGGAACGUAAAUCAAAUCUUGUCUCUUUAGCUACACUCUGGAAGCGCUCCAAGGAAGUGGAAUAGCUACUCCUUUUUUUAUAUAUCGAUGAUUCUUUGUCACAACCAACUCUGGUUAAAGGGCACAGUAUCAACAACAGUAAAAGGACAUGUAAUAAGGGAUAAUGGAGCAUGAGAUUAAAUAACUGAGUUAAAUAAAUAGCUCAAUAGAGAGUCGAAAAACUCGUGACGAGAUUAGCAAAGUUAACACAAAACCUGAGGCAUCUAAUGGAUAGAGAUCGAGCACUUUGUGGUUUAAAAACACACGAGGGGACCGUACAGAAGAUACCGUUUAUCGCAACCAGGGGCAGUCGACCUUUCGGGAACUCACUUUCUAGAGACUUUUGAUGUGCUUGGACCGUUUCACCAGAAUGCUGCAGGCCGUUAGACCGUUAGAAAACUUGCCUAACUCGGAUAGGUACAACAUCUGGCGUGGAGCGUCAAUUUUUUGAGCCAAAAUCUAGAUACAUCGAAUACAGAGGAGGAAAAGAAGGAAGACGCUACAAUUAGAAACCACCGCUGCCAGCUUACGUCACCUUCAUAGUUUAUCGCACCUGGGCCGAGACUGGAAUUUCUUCAGUGGACCUCGUAACCAGCGUCCCAUUAACGUACAGCACGUUGGCCGCCGUUUCUUCCGUAAGCGUAAGCGUAUGGUAAGUGUAGGUAGCUUCCCGUUCGAUGCGCUUUAGUAUCUCCUGCGAUUCCUUGCUGCGGCUCACACAUAAAACAUCGGUUCCCCCCAUGGACACGUAGUACUUCAAAUGGUGAUGUUCAGUAACCUGUGCGAACAAAAGCAGAGGGGUUAGCCGUUGACAGCGGAUCAAUGCGGAAGUUGAAUCGAAAUGGGCAUCGGCAUCCGGAUGACGUGCUCAUUGAGCAGUAAAAGCCGAAAGCUUAAUUUACACAAUGGAAAUCUGUUAUUGGUGAACACUAACACUUCGCAAGCUAAGAAUGAACAGGUUCAAACAAGCGUAUAAGCAACGUACAGUGGCUAGCGAAACAAAGUUUAUCAUUUGAACGUUUCAAUAAAUUGCAAAAAAAAUGAGUGUAUUUACUUUCUAAACCGCUUCUCAAAUGUGUUGAAUGUGUUAGUUUAAGAUUCUAAGUGCAAAAUAGUAAUGAUUAAAUUACAUUUCGAAUUAUUCCCGGUGUAGUGGCUCAGCCAUUUGCAAUCAUAUGUGAAUUUGAACGAUUUAAAACACUUAGUUAAAAAUAAUGACUACUUUUUCUAAUUCAAUGUUUAAAUUCUAUCACGUUA